AUGGGCUGUGGUGGACAAGGAAACAAGCAGGACUUGGAGUUGGUUCAUGGAGCUGUUGAAGUUGUCUUUGGAGCUUAAAACUGGUGCAAGAAUCACAUUCAUAUCAGAUAUGCAAAAGGGCUUGUUGGCUGCUGGUAGCACAAUACUUCCUGAGGCUAACCACAAGUACUAUAUGAGACAUAUUGAGGCCAAUUGGCAAAUGGAGAAGUGAUGAAAUAAGAAAGUUGUUAUAGUGGUGUGCAUGGAGUUCAUAUGUUGAGGAGUUUAAAGACCAACUGAAAAAAUUAGGGGAUCUGUCAGAAGAUGCUGCAAAGGAUAUCUUAAAGUAUCUCCCAAGGGCAUGGUGCAGGGUUUAUCUUGAUACUCAAUGUAAGAAUAUGAUGGUUGAUAACAACUUCACUGAGUCAUUUAAUGCCUGGAUUCUUGAGGCUAGAGGAAAACCAAUUAUCAAAAUGUUGGAGGACAUAAGAGUGAAAGUGAUAGUGUUGUUAGGAGACAAUGAGGCUAAGGUGAGAAGUUGCAAUGCAGAAUAUUAGUCCAGCUUGCUUGAAGUUGUAUAGUGAUCGGAAGGGCAUAUCACAUGACUGUAAAGUUAUAUUCAAUGGAGAUUGAGGAUAUGAAGUGUCUGAAGGAAUUGAUAGACACGCUGUCAAUCUACAACAGAGAAGGUGUACAUGUAGGUUAUGGGAUUUAUCUGGCAUUCCUUGCCCUCAUGCAAUAAAGGCAAUGGUGCAUAAGAGAGUAGAGCCUGAUGGUGAAAUCCAUUGGUGGUAUAGUAAAGAAGCAUACUUGCUAACAUAUAAGGAAAAGCUUCAGCCUGUUAGGGGUCGACAAUUCUGGAAAGUUGAACCUUCACAAGCCAUGUUACCUCCUGAUACUGUGAAGCAAGUUGGCAGACCCAAAGUGAAAAGAAAUAGGGAACCAGAUGAGGCAAGAAAAAGGAUAGGGCAUGGAGUCAAUCAAGGAAGGAGACACAAAUGACAUGUAGUAAUUGUGGUGAGCCAAACCACAAUGGAAGGGGUUGUUACAAGCCUAAGGCUGCUGCAACUCAAGAAGAUGCUGCAAUGGAGAGUGACAAUGAAGAUGUUGGACCAUUUGCUGCCACCCAAGCUGCAAGCUGCAAUGCUGAUGUUGGACCAUUUGCUGCCACCCAAGCUGCAAGCUGCAAUGCUGAUGUUGGACCAUUUGCUGCCACCCAAGCUGCAAGCUGCAAUGCUGAUGUUGGACCAUUUGCUGCCACCCAAGCUGCAAGCUGCAAUGCUGAUGUUGGACCAUUUGCUGCCGCCCAAGAGUUCACACCAUAUGGUCCAGAAGUUGACAAUGAAGAAGAUCCUCCACUUAGGCCAAUGAUUAUUUCAGAAACACAAUCAAGGAUUGAGAGGGGUAACCUAAGAGGACCUACUACUGGUGUAAGGAAAAUUAAGUUUGCUGGAGAUCACACUGGGGCUUCGACACCUACCAAUAUUCCUUAUUCUCCAACUAAGCUGACAUGGAAGGGAAAAGCUGCAAUCUCAUCAAGCCAAGUCCAACUUGAGGCAAGAAAGAGAAAUAUCAAGAUGAUGGCAACAAAGGGCAAAGGUAAACGAGUUGCACUUGAUGAUGAAGAUCUUCUUUGAAAACAAUUGUUAUGUUUUUUGUUGUGAUUGGUUAUUAAACAAUUAUGUUUAGUUAGUUAACAAACAACACAGUUAACCAAUUAUCCUGGUUCUUGUUGAGGCCUAUGUGCCAUGUUUUGCUUCUUGUUUUUGCUGUUAAGUUUUUGCUAAGGCUGCUAUGGGGUUGGUUAAGUUUCUGCUACUUGUUGAGGCCUAUGUGCCUUGUUUUGUAUUCUUCUGCUUGUUGAAUUCUGCAAAACAGUUGUUCAAUUUCAGUGUUAAUGUUCCAUGUUAUUACCAGUGAUAUUCUGUUGCUUGUUAAUGUUUCAGUGUUAUUUAUAGACAAGAAGUUUCAGUGUUAAUGUUCCAUGUUGUAUUCUGCUGCUUGUUGGGAUCUGGUUGAACAGUGGUAACCAAACUUCUUAUCUGUAAAUGGUUAGAUGUUUUCAUUUGAAAAUCAAAGGGCUUUUUACAUUCUGCAAAACAGUUGUUCAAUUUCAGUGUUAAUGUUCCAUGUUAUUACCAGUGAUAUUCUGCUGCUUGUUAAUGUUUCAGUGUUAUUUACAGACAAGAAGUUUCAGUGUUAAUGUUCCAUGUUGUAUUAUGCUGCUUGUUGGGAUC